AUGCAUCCAGGACAGUCAGGGGCAGGAAUUUUUAUGCUAAAGGGGCACUGAACAUCAUCCUGUCCUGUCUGGCUGUUAUCACCACCAGUCUGUGGUGUCAGCUCUCAGGAUGAGACAACUACUGCAAGCCCAGGAGAAAAUAAGCAGGACCUGAUUACAGGCACAACCACGGUGCAAGGGGCCAACCCUACAAGCAAACCAGGAGACACACCAACCAACCCUGUGACACCACCUGCCGCACUUCAAGGGUCUACACCUACAAGCAAGCCAGGAAACACACCAACCUCCUCUGCAGUACCACUCACCAGUGUCCAAGGAACCACCCCUACAAGCAAACCGGGAAACUCCCCCUCCCCCUCUGCAAUAGCAACUGCUGCAGCUCAAGGGACCAUCUCUACAAACAACCCAAAAACCCCAUCACCUGCCCCCACAACAUUACCCAACCUGCCUCAGCAGGUCAGCUCUUCACCAGGCUCUGGAUCCUCAACAGCCAUCCCUGCUGCAGCCACCAGUGUGGCCAAACAGACCGACCCUCCAGCCAACCUGGGAAGCUCAGCAGCCACCACUGCAGCAAAUCCAGUCCCAGCUCAUGCCAGCAACCCUACAACCACUCCAGGAGGUUCAGGGACCACUGUCACAUCCUCUCCCAGCACAAAAGCUCAGGGAAGCCAACCUUCAAAGCAGUUGGCCAGCACCACCAUGAGCACCACAGUUCCAGGGAGCCUUCCUCCUGGGCUUAAGGACCAUGGUGACACUUCUCCCACAUUGGUCACUAAGCAGCCUCACUCUUCUUCCAGUUCUCCAGACCAGGAUCUGGCCACUCCCACCAGACCUGAAAGCACCAACGUUUCUGUUACAUCUUUUGACAGACCCAUCUCCCCCACCACUUCACAACCUGGCGACAGAAAGGUCUCAGAGGCAGCCACCACAUCGACUCUUGGACCAGACCAGAGAAGCCAGGACACCAGAUCUGUGCCAACCAGACCCUCCAGUGCUGACCAGAGCCCUGCCAGUGCACAGCCAUCAGCUCCAGCCCCUGGGGACCAGACAGCAAGCAGCAGUCCUGGCUGCCAACACCCUAACGCUUCUUUCCAAAAUAAGAUAAUCUGUGAAGACCAGAUGCAAAAUAAUUGGCCCACCACUAUAUACCUGAAAGAAGCUAGGAACUGUGCUGAGUGGAGGAUGGUCAGCACCAACAUCUCCUUCUUUGAGAGCUUCUGCUCGACGGGCCAGCACGUGUUCAACGCCAGCAGGGAGACGUGCACGGUGGUGCUGACCUCCCGUGAGCCCCGCUCCCAGCACUGGGCCGUGCAGGCUGUCGUGCACCUCCCUUUGGACACUGAAAAAGUCCUCGAGGAACUAAAGGAGAAGACGGACAAGUUAGAGGAGCUUGGCAUUGCCAACGUCACCUAUGACAAAAUGGAGAGGGAGAUGGUCAUCACCGACGAGUUCAGCACCCCCCUGAUCAUCACCAUCGUCACCCUGGCUGGCUCCCUGCUGCUGAUUGCAGCCAUCUAUGGCUGCUGCCACCAGCGUUUCUCCCAGAAGAAGGACCAGCACAUCCACCCUGAUCUCCCCGGGUUUGAUGAUGGACAUGUGGCCCUGAUCUUUAAUCAGCGCCUGACCGAGGAGCUGCAGACCAUGGAGAAUGGCUACCACGAUAACCCCACGCUGGAGGUGAUGGAGACCUCCUCUGAGAUGCAGGAGAAGAAGGUGAACCUCAACGGCGAGCUGGGGGACAGCUGGAUCGUUCCUCUCGACACCCUCAUGAAGGAGGACCUGGAGGAAGAGGAGGACACACAUUUAUAG